AUGAUAUAAAUAGGUACAAAUCAAGAAGGGGAAUUCGUUUUUGAUUCAAAAGAAUAAGAUUACGUUUUAUUGGAUCUAAAUAGCUUACAGGAAUAAUUAGAGUCGGGGAGAAAGAAUGAAAUUUUUGACUUGUUGCAAUAAGUUAUGAAAUCUAAUGAAUAUUAAUCUACGGGUGAAAAAGUGAAAAGCCAAAUUGAAUGGGCUUUGUAGACUGUAAACGAGCAUCCUUCGGAAUAUUACGAGUUGGAGUAAUAAUUAGAAAAUUAGAGAUAUCCUGAUGUGCAUUCUGCGAAUAAGAUCAUCGAUAUGAAUAUUGGAAAAGUAAAGGCAAGGGUUCAAUUUAUGUCGUAAUAGGAGAGGAGAAAUCUUAUGAAAACAAAAAGCUUGGAAAGAAGCAUUCAAUAAAUAUACUCUUGCAAAUAAAAUAAAUAUUAUAAGGAGCAAUUGCAACAAAAAUACAAAUUGAUGUAGAAGGACAUCAUUGAUAGAAGGAGGAAUGAAAUAUCGUAGUAAAGAUAAAGGCAUUUCCACAUUAUGUAAAGUACUAAGGGGAAAUUGGGAUAGAUGUUACAAAUAAAGGUGGAAGAGAACAAGCAAUUAAAAGAAUCCAUUCAAUUAGGGUUGUAUUAGACAAUGACUGAAUUGAGAUCAGAUAAUGUCAAGGCCUAUAGGAGAGUGAAAGUGAUGGAAUAGGAACAAUAAGAGAAACUGUAAUUAUUUUGGCAGACCAAAUAAGUAAUGGCCAAAACGAAUUAUAAGAGAAAAGUAGAUGAUGCUUAUAUAUAAAAUAUGCAAGCUUAGGAUAGACUAUUGCAAUUAGAAUAAUAAGAGAUGGAAUUAAUGCAUAGAUUGAGAUAGACAGAAUAGUAAUAUUAGAUGAGUUCGAUCAAAUUGGAGAAGAUGAAAUCGAAAUCAUAUAAGGACUUGGGAAUGAUGUGGAGCUGA